GUGACUGUCAUCUCUUUGCAGGAGCUGAGGCAAAGCAUAUUCCAGUAUGCUUAAGCUGUGUGGACUUCAGUUUCUGCUUCUGAUUCACUCGGCCAUGUGGCUUGGUCUGGAGGGCCUGAGUGUAACUGGGCCUCUGAAGGACAUGGACUUCUCUGUGCAGGAAGGAGGAGGUCCACGCAUCCUUCACCAGUUCAAACUUGAGCCACCUGCUGUGAGUUUCAGAACAUCUGGUGAAAAAGCUGGAAUUAUUGACAUUGAGCCGAGGACAGGCAUCCUGUAUAUCAAUGGGUCUCUGGACUGGGAGACCCAACAAGUGCACAAGCUGCAGGUGGAAAGUCUGAAUGAGAAUGGAGAGAGAGUUAAAGGUCCAUAUGCUGUUACAAUACAUGUGGAGGAUAUCAAUGACAACCCCCCAGAAUUUAACCAGACAAAGUACUUUGGAGUAGUGAGGCAGAACUCUCGUCCAGGCAAGCCCUUCAUGUAUGUCCAUGCCACUGACCGUGAUGAUCCUACAACUCUCCAUGCACAGCUGUCUUACAGCAUUCUCCAUCAUUUUCCCAACCCUUAUGAAGAAAUGCUUUUCCAGAUUGAUAAUGCAACCGGAGCAAUCUCACCAAGCAGAAAAGGCUCUUAUUACUUGGAUCCUCAAAAGCAGGACAACUUCAUACUUGUUGUCUCCGUGAAGGACAUGGCAGGGACGACAGCGAAUGCUUUCACCAGCAGUGUUGAUGUGAGCAUCACUGUGAAGGAGAGCCUGUGGAAAGCUCCCCCCACCAUCUACAUCAAAGAAAACUCAACCCAGGUCCACCCUGUCAACAUCAGCAAGGUGCAGUCAAAUGAACCAGAUGUAAUUUAUGGCAUUUUUGAAAAAGAAAAGCUGCCAAGGCUUCCAUUUUCCAUCAGUGAGAAUGGGGAUAUUUAUGUGACCCAACCAUUGGACAGGGAAGAAAAGGAUGCUUAUACAUUCUAUGUGGUGUCAAAAGAUAACACAGGAGAACUGGUGGAGAAGCCUUUGCAAAUUCACAUUAUUGUGGAAGACAUCAAUGACAAUCCCCCUGUGUGUCAGCAGGAGCUCACCAUAAUUGAAGUUCAAGAAAAUGAAAAGGGAGGGAGUAAUAUUGGCACCGUGUUUGCUACGGACAUGGAUGAGGAGGACAGCCUUAACUCUCGUCUGCAUUUCCAAAUCCAAAGUCAGGAACCUGAAUUCCCCACAAAUAAUCUCUUCUAUAUUCAGCAAGACACCGGGACUUUGCUAUUAGCUGGCCGUUCCUUAAGCAAGCGUGAAUCAGCCAAGUAUUUCUUGAAGGUCCUGGUGACAGAUCCUCAAUUCGAAACAAUCUGUAAUGUGGAAGUACACGUCAUCGACAUCAAUGAUGAAAUUCCCAUCUUUAGCAAUUCAGAUUAUGGCAGUGUGACUCUGGCAGAAGAUAUCCCAAUAGGAAGUCCGAUAUUAGAAAUUGAAGCAACUGAUGGAGAUGAGCCUGCCACAGGGAGUUCCCUCAUCAUUUACCAAGUGAAGGAAGGUGAUCCAAACAACACGUUCAUCAUAGAGACAGACUCUGAAACAAACCGAGGGUUCAUCAGGAUUAACAAGGCUCUUGAUUUUGAAACAAUGCCUGUGUACAACCUGGUGAUCAAUGCCACAAACCCCGAGCCGCUAGUGAAAGGUGUGAAGUACAACUCAAGCUCUCUCACCAAGUUAAAAAUUUCUGUGACAAAUGUGGAUGAGCCACCUGCUUUCCGGAUGCCAUUUUACGAAACAGAGGUGUCUGAAGACAUUCCUGUCAAUACCUUGGUCAUGACGGUGGAGGCCUAUGAUCCUGAAGGGGAUUCUGUACGGUACUCCUUGGAAGGUGACGUGAGGAAAUGGCUGAGAAUCGAUUCAGCCACUGGGCAGGUAUACACUGCUUUGCCUUUGGAUCGAGAAACUGGAGAAAUAUACCGAAUAGAGGUUGUUGCAUCAGAGCUAAAUAAUGCAGCUCAGAAAUCCAAAGCAUUGUUGACUCUACACUUACGUGAUGUGAAUGACAACUACCCACAAAUAGCUACGGAUUAUCCUGCUUUCUUCUGCUACCCAGUCAGCGGAGGAGAGAGAACUCUCAUUCAAGCUACUGAUGCUGAUGAACAAUUCUUUUAUUCAAAAUUUACUUUUUCCCUUGCGGAUGACAUGAAUGCAAGAAAUAAUUGGGAAAUCUCAAAAUUCAAUGCUACUCACGCUUACCUGUCCCUGAAACAUGCUAACUUUGAAGAGAAGGUGUAUGAUGUUCCAAUAAUACUUAAUGACAAUGGAAAACCGCCUUUGGAAAACAAAGUGAAUCUUAAAGUAAGCAUCUGCAAGUGUUCCAGUGAAAAUUCAUGUUUUAUUGACAUAGACCGUCAGCACUCCUGGCCAACCGCUGGGCAGGCAAUUGGGAUUCUGCUUGCAGUCCUGAUCAUCAUUGGUGCCAUUUUAGCAGGUGUGUUUUUCCACAUGAGAUACAAAGAGAAAAAAGAAAAGAGCCAUCCCAAGGAUGCAAAAGAUAAUGCUGAACUCAACAGACUGACUUAA